CAUCACUCACGGCGCACGCGCCUAGCAACCUAUGAACGCGCCUUAGCAAGCUAUGAACGCGCCUUGCCUAUGAACGCGCUUUAGAGGUUGCCAGCAACGGUUCCAUAUUCAAACGAAGCGAAUUUGAAAUCGUUCGCGAAUUUAAAUUCGAGUUCGGAAUUCGAUUUUUGAAACGCGCGUGCGGUGAUUUUGUGCUAGUGAAUUUUAAUAACAUCGAAAAUGUUGCACGGCGGUAUUUGGACGAAGCUCCGCCCGCUGUACAAGUGGUACGUUCUCGGGCUGGUGUCCGUAGGCUACAUCCUGGGAGAGCUCGGGCAUUACCUAAUUGGAACCACGUCAAAAGUGACGGCAAACGACCUCCACUACGGCGACAAGGCGUGCAUGCUCAACACUUCACACUCGCACCUCACGUACGCGCAGCUGCCCGUCGUCUGCGAGAAGGUCAACUCCAGCUCAGCAUGCGAGUCCCUAACUCUGAACGGCACAAGCACAAGGUACUGCGAAUGGGGCUACAACGGUCUGGGAUUAGACUACCAAGUCCUGGCUGGCCCAGCUUUCAUGGCAGUUUUCACUGUUGUCGGCGUCAUCAUUGGAUUCGUCGCAGAUAAAUACAACCGCGCCAAAAUCCUCUCCUACUGCACUCUAGUCUUCGUCAUUGCCAUAAUCCUCAUGGGCGUAGUGAAAGAAUACUGGCACCUCGUGGUCCUGCGCAUGAUCAUGGCCGCCGGCGAGUCUGGCUGCAACCCGCUCGCCACCGGCAUCCUGACUGACAUGUUCCCGGAACACCAGAGGGCGCUGGUGCUGUCCAUCUUCAACUGGGGGAUAUAUGGGGGGUACGGUAUUGCGUUCCCCGUGGGAAGGUAUAUACCUGAUUUGAACGCUUGGGGAUUGAGCUGGCGACUAUGCUACUUCGGUGCCGGCGCAGUCGGCAUAGUCAUCGUGAUCCUCACCUUCCUAACCCUUCGCGAGCCGGAGCGCACCACCAUUGGAGAAGAGGGGGGAAAGGCGGAUAACAUGGAAGCGGGGAAGAAACAGCCCCAGAUCACUAUCUGGCAUGUCAUCACUCAGCCGAGGAUUAUUCUGCUGUGUAUUGCGGCGUCUAUCAGGCAUUGUGGUGGCAUGUGCUUCGCGUACAACGCUGACUUGUACUACCGGGACUACUUCCCCGACGUGGAUCUCGGCUGGUGGCUGUUCGCCGUCACUGUCGGCAUCGGCUCUGUGGGUGUCGUGGUCGGUGGAGUCGUUUCUGACAAAUUCGUGGCCAGGCUGGGCGUCCGUUCCCGUGUGCUCGUGCUGGCCCUGUCCCAGCUGAUAGCGACGCUACCCGCCUUCGGCUCAGUCGUCUUCGGGCCUCUAUGGGCUAUGAUCACGCUGGCUCUUUCCUACUUCUUUGCUGAGAUGUGGUUCGGCAUCGUCUUCGCUAUCCUUGUAGAGAUCGUGCCACUCUCCGUCCGUUCCACCACCGUCGGCGUCUUCCUUUUCGUCAUGAACAACGUGGGAGGAAACCUGCCCAUCCUGGUGGACCCUGUAGCUAAGGCUAUCGGGUACAGAGAGGCUAUUAUGAUAUUCUACGCCGGAUUCUAUGGGAUCAGCUGUAUCCUCUUCUUCAUAACAAUGUUCUUCAUGGGUGGCCCAGUGGAAAGGACUUCGGGACCCCCCGCACCCCCAGCUCAGUCCGACAGCCAAACCCGCAGGCUUAGACAACAGGGCGUUCAAUCACGACGAAAUUCCCGGUCGAGACUGGCGUAACGCGCGCGACUCUAGUAAAUUGUAGAUUAUCUGUGUUUCUCUAUGGUUAACUGUUAAGUAGCUAACACACGGCCGUACGAGGACCGUACCGCACCAAGGUCACCCCAUUAAUAUCCUGUAAGUGAGCGAGAAAGAGUUAUUCUUCGCUCGCUUCCCACUUACAGGGCGUGUGUAAGUACAGUCAAAAUGAAAAAACCUUGAGGUUAUGUACUUAAGGUUCGACUUUGUUGUAAUUUCAUAGUUUAAAAGCUAUUUUUAUAAGGCUUAGACAACGAGCGACGUACCUACGCUCGUACAGCCAUGAAGAAUUGUAUACCCAACUAUACGGCAGAAAAAUGCCACUACUUUUACUAAUGCCGUUACUAGAAAAAGGCAAAGGCAAUCUGUAAGGCGAUAAUCAUUCACGCCUAAUUUUUUUGCCGAUUUUUCCUUGUGGUUAUACUUGAAAUGUAUCCUAAAAGUGCCUUACGAGCAGGUCCUUAAGAUAUUAAUUUGCUUGAUGUGUUUGUCUAUAUGAGGAGUGUCUUUUCAAAAGGACAUUUCUAUAAGUCAACAAGGUUUAUUUCUCUAGAAAGAAAUAUAUAAAAAUGACCCCUGUUGACUUAUGGAAAUAAGACACUCCGAGGAUAUGUGACUAUAGGUUGGUAUUCAGUUCAAGAGAUAUUUCUCAGAGGCUGACAAUCUCAUUCACGAAUAGUGUGGUUAAGUAGAAAACACAGAAUGCAUUUUGAAUCUCAUAAUGUCAUGUAGUGAGUUUUCAUAAGAAUAGCAUAAGAUGACUAGAAUCUCAUAAAAUGAGUCAUUUAUUCUCAUUCAACCAGAUUUAUGUGGAGUAGAUUUGCCACCAAUUUAAUUGUAUAUAGUCUGGAAAACCGAUUUGUCAGUAAUAAAAGGCAUGAAACUCUUUAGUUUUAUCUGAAAUCGGCCAUUCUGACCAUCAAUUUUUAAAAUUUGACUUUUUUAUAAACACAUUUUGUGACUUAAGGCGAGUUGAAACAGAGGUCAGUUGAAACAACUUCAAUUUUGCAAUAUAAAAUCGUUUUAAGGCAAAAAUACAUUGAGGGACCUGCAUUCAGUUCGAUAAUGCAAAAUGUCAUAUCGACGUUGUUUUAAUCUACCUCUGUUUCAACUCAACCCCAGUCUUUUCUUAUACUUAAUUUACGAAGAAACGGUGUUUCAUCAUAUUUGUGUCUAGAUUAUGAAAAUUUGUGAAAUGUUUAGUGUUACCAAGUUCUUGCCUAAAACCAUACGCCAUAGAUGUGUUUGUUGAAUAUUGUGUAUUAAGAUUAUGAUACUAAAGUUAUUUUGGCUCGAGAUUCAUCACCCAUAAAUAGUGAUAGACUUGUGGUUUUAAUUUAGAUAUUAUGAUUUUCUUCUUUAAGAAAUUGUCGUAAAGUUUACAUUUGCCAGGAAUAUGCUUGUGAGUUGCUUGUUCCAAGAAAUAAUUUUUAUAUUUUCAUUUAAAAUAGUAAAUUUAAAUAAAUAUUAAUGCCAUUAGUCUUGAUCUCGAGGCGAAGUUUAAAAAAGUCAUGGAUACAGAUUUUCUUUCAACUGGCAACAUUUAUUAAAAACUGUUGACCAGUAUAUAAAGCCUGAAAUAUAAUGACUACGCGCCAUGUGGCGGAAUUUCAUUGGAACUAAUUUCUUCAUACUAAACCAUAGAGCAACAAGUAAGGGGAGAGUUGUAACGUAACUCUCUAGUGACAUCUAGCGACAAUCACGCGUCAAAUAGCGUAAAUUAUCAGUACUGCUACUUGUCAAUAGAUGUCGCGACGAACGAAGAGUCUAAUGCUCACCAAUUUUUACC